CCAGAAAAAACAGUUAGCCAUGCCGGGUAUUGUAACUGCCACUCAAUCUUUCAUCACCGCCCCGCCUCGACUACUCUGCCGCCGGCAGCCGCCGAUAAUCAAGCCUAACCUUUUCUCUUUUCUGUCCUUCUCGAAAAUGGGGUUUGAUUCCUUGCAGAAAAGCUUUAAUUUCCCAGCAAGAAAACUAGUGAUUAGAGCAGCUAGAGCCGAGUCCAAAGGCGUCUCUCUUGGUUUCAGAGCACCCCAUUUUGAGCUUCCGGAGCCGCUUACGGGUAAAAUGUGGAAAUUGGAGGACUUUGAACCGUAUCCUGCUUUAUUGGUUAUGUUCAUUUGCAAUCACUGCCCCUUUGUUAAACACUUGAAAAAGGAUAUUGUAAAGCUCUCGAAUUUCUACAUGAAGAAAGGGCUUGCAGUAGUAGCGAUAUCAUCAAAUUCUACAGUUACUCAUCCGCAGGAUGGACCUGAAUUUAUGGGAGAAGAAGCAAAGCUAUUUAAAUAUCCUUUCCCAUAUCUGUAUGAUGAGACUCAAGAUGUUGCAAAAGAUUUUGGAGCUGUGUGCACACCUGAGUUUUUCCUUUUCAGAAAGGACGGGCGUAGGCCUUUUGAGCUAGUGUACCAUGGCCAGUUUGAUGAUUCACGGCCAAGUAAUGAUGUGCGGGUCACAGGAAGGGACUUGAGCCUUGCAAUAGACUGUGUUCUUAGUGGUCAGCCAGUGUCUUCAGAUCAGAAACCAAGCAUUGGGUGCAGUAUAAAGUGGCAUCCCAAGGCACAGCUGUGAUUAUUCCUGCUGGAGUCAGCUUUUAUAAGCUGAGAGUCACAUGCAAGCGAUGCUAUAAGGGAUCUGUUCACACUAUUAGGACCCUUUUGUCUCCAUCACUGUGUAAUUUUUUUUUUUUUGGGUGCAGAGAGACUUUUUAAGUAGUUGAUAGUGUUGAUGGAGGACUUCAUACUUUAGCAUAUAUUUGUAAAAUUGAUUUCUGAUGUACCCUUUUAAAAGUACCUUAGUUUGUGGUUUUGACAGUCAAAUCAUCCGAUGCAGUGAAGAGUGAGUGUGAGAAAACCACAUUUGUAUGACUCUGCUAUGUUGUACGUGGGCUCUUUAUUCUCCUUGCAGGGAAGUGCUUAUCAACCUAAACAUCAGAUGUUAUGCAUCCUUAGCCAUUGAAGCUUGAUAGCUUACUGUGACCUACCAGUGGGACUGAGAAGUUUUGCCAUCACAUGCCGAAAAGCAACGCAUCUUUCAGAAGAUGAAACUGUAUCUCCCUUUAUCUUUAGUGAAAGCAAUGUUGGAGGAAUUGGUAAGGUGUGAUGGUCCAUUUGGUUCCUACUAAUUAUAAGCUCCAUUUGCUUCCGGCCAACCAAGAUUUCGUCCCUAUCCCAGCUCUUCCCCAAAACAACCCAUGGGAUUGAUAGCUACUUCUCCAUUUCUGGGACCCAUUGUAAAGUAUGCAUGUUUAACUUAAUGCAGGCUUGAAAGAUGUUUGUAGCUGCUGAUGGCGACUUCCUUUAUUCUGAAUCAUUGUAUGGAUAUUAUUUCAUUAUCUUAGCCUUCUGGUUUUGAAUAAUUGAUGUAAAUUCACCAAUGACAGAGAUAUGCUUGCUUAGCCCUUGAUUGAA